ACCCAAGAUAUUUUGCUAUUCUGACGGUUGUGUUCUAUAUACUUUGUGUUUCUCUGACACACGGACCCGAAUUCUCCAUCGGGGAGUUCAAUGGCAGGUUGGGUCUUAUCAGAAUGUGGUUUAAAGCCUCUCCCUCAAAAUUUCUCUAGACCCAGAACUGGAGCCGUCUCCAACAACCACACAAAGCUCAGAUUCUUGCAAUUAAACAAGAGUUUGACGGAUCCAAUUGUUUCUCCAGUCAAAUUCUCAAGUGGGUGUUUCAGAGGGAGGAAUUGGGGGUUAAGAGUGAGUGCUCCAUUGAGGGUCGCGCCUCUGGAUGAGGAGGAUAAGAGAGUAGAGAGAAUCAAUGGUGUUAAUGGGGGACAAGAAGGAGAAGAAACCGAGUUUAACCCUGGAGCGCCGCCGCCGUUCACGCUGGCUGAUAUUAGAGCCUCCAUACCAAAGCGUUGUUGGGUUAAGGAUCCUUGGAAGUCAAUGAGCUAUGUUGUUAGGGAUGUUGUAGUGGUAUUUGGGUUGGCUACAGCCGCGGUUUAUCUUAAUAACUGGCUCGUGUGGCCUCUCUAUUGGUUUGCUCAGGGAACCAUGUUUUGGGCUCUGUUUGUUCUUGGUCAUGAUUGUGGCCAUGGCAGUUUCUCAAAUAACCCAAAACUAAACAGUGUGGCUGGGCAUCUGCUGCAUUCUUCGAUCCUUGUGCCUUACCAUGGAUGGAGAAUUAGUCAUAGAACUCAUCAUCAAAACCACGGGCAUGUUGAGCAUGAUGAAUCAUGGCACCCGUUGCCAGAGAAAAUAUACAAGAAUUUGGAUAAUGCGACGCGAUUCUUGCGAUUUAAGUUGCCUUUUCCAAUGUUUGCAUAUCCCUUUUACCUUUGGAAUAGAAGUCCUGGAAAGACUGGUUCUCACUUUGACCCAAAUAGUGAUUUGUUUGUUCCAAAUGAGAGGAAGGAUGUUAUUACUUCCACUGUAUGUUGGACAGCCAUGGCUGCUUUGCUUGUGGGUUUAUCCUUUGUAAUGGGUCCAAUUCAGUUACUGAAACUAUAUGGCAUCCCAUAUUGGGUUUUUGUCAUGUGGUUGGAUUUGGUGACUUACUUGCAUCACCAUGGUCAUGAAGAGAAACUUCCUUGGUACCGCGGAAAGGAAUGGAGUUAUCUAAGGGGAGGGCUUACGACACUUGAUCGCGACUUCGGGAUGAUUAAUAACAUCCACCAUGAUAUUGGAACUCAUGUCAUACACCAUCUCUUCCCUCAAAUCCCACACUAUCACUUAAUUGAAGCAACCGAGGCAGCAAAGCCGGUGCUCGGAAAAUAUUACAAAGAACCAGAGAAGUCAGCACCUCUGCCUUUUUACUUAAUUGGAGUUUUGAUUAGAAGCUUGAAAAAGGAUCACUAUGUAAGUGACACCGGCGAUGUUGUGUACUAUCAGACAGACCCUCAGCUUACCGGCUCACCUAAAUCGCAAUGAACGAACACCCCGAUUAGUUCCUCAGCUGGACCAUAAGAUGGUCUUCAAGCUUCUUAUAUUGAAUUAUUAAACUGCAUUGUGUUGAAAAAUUUUCUGACUCCCUUGAAGUCUCGACUCAUAUGUUAGUGAAGCAGAAGAUGUAGACGGGAUGGAUUUAUAAAUCAUUGUUGUAACAGUGAAGAAGAAUUCCAUAAUAUUUAUUAGUUUUGAAGAGGAAAUGGUCUCUUCUGGUUUCUGAUGAUGUCUCCUGUACUAUUUGAACCAAAUUUUGGGAAUUGAAGAAAUUGAGAUAGAGAUGAGAAAUAAAAAUUUCAAUGAUCCUGUUCUCUGUA